UCUGAAGGCAAAAGGGGGUCCAACACCGUAUUAGUAUGGUGUUCCUAAUAAUUCUUUAGUGGUUUAGAAAAGGGGACUUUGAAGCUACGGUUACUACAACUUAAAUGCCACUUUACUUGGAAACUUCUUUUACAGACCAUAAACCCUGAUGAAUUAGCAGUCAGAUUGUAUGAUCAAUUGACAUUUCUUGUCACCAAGAACAAAUACAUGGUGUACAAUCUACUGGCCUAUGUGAUGCAUCUGAAAGGGGACAACACACAAGCUAUUGCCCAUUUAAAGCAAGCAGAAGAAAUGAUUAAAGAGAACAACCCGACUGGGACUGAUCAAAAGUAUUUGGUGACAUACGGAAAUUACGCGUGGGUGUUCUACUACUUAAACCAGUAUGAAGAAUCUCAAAAAUAUAUAGAUAAGGUGGAACAUAUUUAUAAGGAGCUGAAAGAUACCACAGAUGUAGCUGAAAUGUAUGGUGACAAAGCCUGGUCGUUGUUACACUGUGGUAGGCGAUAUUAUGAAGAAGCAAAACAAUGUUUUCUAAAGGCUUUGGAGCUGGAGCCAGAAGACCCUGAGUGGAACAGUGGAUAUGCAACAGUGGUCUAUAGACUGGAAAGUUUCGAUGACAGAAAAUGUCCUGCUUCACAAUGCAAAUCACUGGAGCUACUGGAACGUGCAGUGGAAAAGAAUCCAAAUGAUGCAGUGGUGAAGUCACUUCUUGCCUUGAAGCUUCAAGAUCUAAACAGGACUGAUGAGGGAAAAAUCUAUAUCGAAGAAGCCAUAAAUCAAGCUCCAAACCUUCCAUAUUUGCUCCGUUACGUAGCAAUGUUUUACAGGAGAGCUGGAAUGCUAGAUGAUGCCUUGCAUGUCCUACAAACUGCAGUAGAUCUCAUCCCAACUUCUGCAUUUCUGCAUCACCAAAUUGGACUCUGUUACAGGCAAAAGUAUCUCAAUGACAAAAAGAGGUUUGGAAACAGGAACAGUUAUAUCGGCCAAACAGAGACUGAAAAAUUAAAUGACCUCCUGCAAAAUACCCUGUUUUAUUUUGAGAAGGCGCUGGAAUACAAGAAAACUUUUGUUUAUGCGUAUAUAGACUUAGCAAAAAUGUACUGUGAAGUCAAGGAAUAUAAAAAAGCUGAGGACACAUUUAAAACCGUUAUGGCAAUUACCAAUCUUAUUGAUCAGGAGAAGCAGCAGAUCUAUUACUAUUAUGGAUGUUUCAAAGAAUACAACAUGAGGUCUGAAUCUGAAGCCAUCAACUACUAUAAAAAGAGCAUACAGUUUACUUUAUGCAUGAAAGAUAGAGAGUUCAGUGUAAAGUCUCUAAAAAGAAUUGCUUCAAAGAAGAUUCAGAAUGAUAUUACUGAUGCUGAGGGUUUUGCUUUGCUUGGCUUUGUCCAUAAGAUGAAUGGGGAAAUGAACGAUGCAAUCGAUUGCUAUGAAAAUGCCUUAAAAUAUGACCCUCACAAUGCGGAAUAUGUGAGUGAACUCUGUGAGCUGAAGCUGGUGAUCUGAAAAAGGAGCGACAUAGAAGACAGAUCUUGUGUUUUAAAACGUACCAUUUUUUCUUUCAUAAAUCAGUAGAAUGGGUGUGCCUCCAUGAAAUCUAUCUGCAGUACUGUGAACAAUUAAAUUCUAGACAUGAGACGGGGAGAGGAGGGGGAUGCAACUGCAGUGUCUUCUUUAAGGGGUAGGGAAUAGAAAAGGGAAUCUGAUUAGUCAGGACUAGGGUUGCCACCUUUUCUUCAAGCCAAACCCGAACACUUUAGCACUUUGCGGCAAUUUUUGGGUAAAGUAUACACUAUGCACAUAUUUUGUAAUUAAAUAAUAUUGUAGGUAAUCACAAGGCAUCACAAUACAUAUGGAGUCACUUUUUUGUAGGCAGCGUACCUUUCUGACCAAUCAGGAGGCUGGGAUGCGAGUCAUGACAUACUGCCCAGCUUACUGAUUGGUUAGGAAGCCAGGCUGCCUAGCAACAAGUAAAGCAGGCUUACUAGCCAAUCAGGAAGCCAGGAGGCGGAUGAUAACCCACCUCCCGGCUUCCUGAUUGGAAAGGAAGUCGGCUGUAUGCUCCCUUGGCGCUGCCAGUCAGAGGGACAUCUCCCUCCGACCGGAAGUUCCAAUAUCGGGGAAGGUAUCGGAGCAUUUGGGCUAGUACAAGUAGUAGUCGCCCAAAUACUCUGUAUCGGCACCGAUAAUAGUAUCGGUAUCAGUAGUUCGGUACAUAUAUAGUGCAAAUCCAUUUUAUUGAUGGUUGUCAUUGAAACGACAAGCGCAUUUCUGGGCCUGAGGAAGGGGACCCUGCACGGCCCCAAAAGCACUUGUUGAUUGGACGACAACUAUUAAUAAAAUGAAUUUUGCACUAACAUGAAAUUUGGAUGUCUGCAUUGGACGAUAUGUAUUAUUGCACAUAAAAGAUGCCCCUACAAAACAUGUCACUGGUUAACUGUGGCAUUUUUUUUAUGGGGGCAUGUUUUAUCUGCAACACUAACAAGUGCCGUGCCCGCCGCCCCCCCCUUCCAAUUAAUAUUUUUUAUUAAACACUUCAAAUGUUUUAAAUACCUUUUUUAGAAGUUAAGCUUCAGAGGUCCAGGUGUGUGGAGAAGGACGGCAGUCACGGCAUUGGUCGCAGAGGUCGACUGACUCCCUGACGAAACGAAGAAGAGAAACUGCUAGAGCAGCUGCUCCACGUGCAGGCUGCCGGAGAAUGAUUUCUCCCACGCUCCCUCUCUCUCUCUCUCUGAUGUCACUUCCUCUCACUAGCAGAGAGAAAGAGAGGGAGGGAGUGUCUGAAGACAGCGCCGCCCUGGGCUACGAUGUCACAGGCCCAACUGAUUGGAUUCGCCGCGCCGGCAGUGACAGGCUCAGCUGAUCGUCCACUGCUGACACCUGACCUCAUCGCCAUCCGCCGGCGCUGCUGACUGAUACACCGGCCGCUCGCGGUAAUAACCACUUGCCGCCGCUCAUCGCCACCGCUCACCGCCAGCUGUCAGAUGAGAACCGGCUAGCAAGUCUACAGUUUGAAAUGAAUCCUUUGCCCGGGUCUGAGAAAAGCUUGUACUCGGGCACAGGAUUACAAACCCGGACUGUCCGGGUCAUUCCAGUACGGGUGGCAACCCUAGUCAGGACACACAGCAUAUACAGAGAAAUUGUGUAGGUUGUUAGACUCUUCAGGCUGAACUAUAUCUAAAAUAUCUCUUCAAGGGGUGAUUUUCUGGUAGCUACAGUAUAGGUACUCUAUAACAAUCAUUUUGUUAAUAAACUCUGCCUCUACCAAACCACCAAAUGGUAGGUAAACUAUAGAAAAAGGUAUAUACUUAAAUUGCACACAACUGAUCGUGAUAUGAUGUAUUACCUUCAUUGUUUUCCACAGGAAUGCACUUUAUGCAAAUAAAUAAAAAUGUAUAUGAUUCACAAAGUAGAAAAUUCUGCUCUGCUACAUUGACAUGCUCAAAUUUAGGAUUGUAUUAAAUUUGUCAACUAUUAGAACAUAGCUAAGCUUUAAUAUAUAAAGAGAGCACUCUGACAAUG